AUGGCUCCUUGGGAUCAUACUGAGGACCGUCAGCUCCUCCUCUCUGUUAUCUCUGUUGCCCAAGUCAACCCCAACUGGGAGGAAGUUGCCAACCAGAUGGGCAAGACCAAGGAGGCUGUUCGCCAGCGCUUCGCCAAGCUCAAGAAGGAGGCCAGCGAGACCACUACCACCGCCACCGUUGCUGAUGGUACCGCUGCUUCCGCUGCUGUCGCUACCCCCACUCCUCGCAAGCGUAAGACCAAGGUCAAGGCCAAGAAGGCUGCUUCGGAUGACGACGAUGACGAUGAAGGCACCCCUCUGACCAAGAAGACCAAGAACUCCAAGAAGGUCGUCAAGCAAGAAGACGAGGACGAGGACGAGGACGAGGCUGAGGCUUAA